AUGGUCUAUCAAUGUAAGUGUCUGAAAAUUUAUUGGUUAAAAAGUAUUUUUUUUUUACAAAAAAUAAUUUUUUCUAACUGACUACAAAGUUCCUUGUUUUUAUACAUCUCGGUGUUUGAGUAGUACCGAUAAGACUUCGGUUUGAAUUUUUGGAAUUUUAUCUAGGGCAAAGUCCAGAAUUUUAUUUUUUUAUCCGUUUUGACAUUGCAUGAAUCCGAAGCACUUAUUUUUUUGACUACAUACCGGUCAGCUGGUCUAUAAUAUUCUGUGUUUGAAUUCCACAGCAACUCAAAGAGAAUCGAAAUGCCUCCGCCCUUUUUGGAGUUUCGUCCAAGCGAAAUGUCAAAACCAAAUAAAAUAAAAUAAUCUGGAAAUUAUUUAUUUUCCACCGAUGACUCUCAUGGAAAACUAAUUUUUUAUGGCGAAGACUUCCUAGGUUGCCAUAAAGUCCAACAAUUUUUCAGAUUUUCUCAAAAUUUUGCAUAAACGUAAUUACUAUAAUAAAAUAUAAUAAUAUAAUCCUAUGAGACUUUCAAUGCCAAUCCAUCCUGAUUUUUUGAGAUAAAGGAAAUCCCCUAACCUCCAUAAACUUUUAGAUCAUGAACAUUCCGAGCAGAGUGCUCACGUCACCACCGUCCUGAGAUCCGCCCAAACACCGUUGGGCGAGGUCGGCUCGGACAUGAUUGAGCACACGCAAUUCCCAGUCUAUGCGCAAAAACCCUACUGGAGCGGCGAUGGGAAGGUCGGACAGACCUACAAAGUCUAUGACAAAGAGCCGUUUAAACGGGAGAGGAAACCAACAGACAUUGAGACUGGUCGCGGAACCGGGCUGAAUGUUAAACAGGUAUGCUAACUUUUCAAAAAAGUCUCACAAAAAUAGCAAAAAAUCUCAAAAACCUUCAAAGUUACGUUCUGAUUUCCAGCUAAAUACCUCAUACGAAGCACGAACAACUUAUCAGCGCUCCACCAACGUCCCAGUUGGCCUACGACGGAUUGAAAGUCCAAAAGUUUCUCCGCAGUCAUCACCACCAAUUUACAAAAUAACCUCAGCUCAGAGUAGCCCCAAAGGCAGCGUGAGAGGAUUCCAAUCGGCAGCGUUGAAAUCGCUGGAAGAAAAGGGAAAACGGAAAUUGGAGCAAACCAAGACAACAACUGCGGUCACCACGCACAGCAAGACCACUCUUCAUCAUCAUCAUGGAGGCAAGGGUGAGUAUAACUAAAUAAAAAAAGUUGAAAUCAGUCUGUCGGGAAAAUAAUGAGCACUAUGUUACUUCAAAAAUAUCGCCGCCGCCGAGGAAAUAAAUUGUGUAGCGACAAAAUAAAAUUGCUUUUCACUUCAGCGGCGCGAUCGACGUAGCCGCGUUGCACUCAUUACUUUCCCGACAAACUAGUAUUUGGGCAUCAAAAGACAAAUUGGCAUUCGGGCCUUUCCAGAACGGGAACUCUCCAAGUACACCUUUCAGAUUUUCUUCUUAGCUUUUGCGGACAGUUUGGGUCUAAGCCCCAUAGCAAUCCCUCAAAAUUUUAGCUUGCGCCUUUCAGGGGCAACCGGGUUUCUCAACGGUCUUUGCGACCGAGUGAGUGUGAAAAAUGUGGAUAGCCGGGUCAUAAAGAGAAAAAAAGUUUUUAGCCAUAUCUCUGCCAUUUAAGCGUGGCAAAAAUCAUUUUUACUAAAAAUAUUACAUUCUACAGUAGAAAUAAAUAUCCCCUUUUCUUGGCAAGAUUCGCUAAAAAUGGAUCGCUUUCUCCAAUCAUUUAUGUAAUGAGAAAUUCUAGCUGAUCAAAAAUCGACAUCUCCUACGCCAGUCAAAAUCGAAAGAGUGUCUCCGAAGCCAACAACCGAGCAAACUACACAUACAACUUCCAUUUUUGAGAGAUUUGAGAGACAACGGAAAGAGAGAGAAGCGGCAGAGAAAAAGAGGAAAGAGGAGGCAGAGCUGAGAAAAAGAGAGGUGAAAACAGAAGAAAGGUAAGAUUUGAAAGACAUUUUGUAUUUUUUAAUAUGUCUUCAGCAUGUCAAAUACUUGCCGUAUAAGGAAAAAAGUAAAAUCUUUCUUAAAAAUAAUAAAAAAUGCGAAAAAUUCAGAAUUUUUAUAUUUGCAAAAUCCAUCCCACGUAGUCGGCGUCAAGAGUACUUGAAACCCCCAAAGAAUCACGUUGACAAACAAAAAAUUCUACGUCAUUUUGAGUAACUGUCCAUUUUUGAGACCAGUUUUUGGGGUUUUACUCGGAUUUUUCUUUUUUUUUCAUUUUUCAAAAAAAUUUUUGAAAUUUCAAAGCUCAAAACUUUGAUUUCAAAAGUUUACCUUUGACCUUUGCGCUCGAUUAUUAAGCCGUUUGACGUUUUGUUUAACCAGAAAUGAGUAAUCGCGCUGAUCUUGGAGGGUAUUAUACAUUGUUUAUUCAAGGUGGGCGAGUGAUUUUGCAUAAGGAAAUUUGAUUUUAUUCCCCACGAAAUAUGAAAUUCAAGCCUCCUGCGGAUUUUUAAAAUAUCUGCUGAUAUUUGUGAGGCGUAUUUUACUAAUGAGAGCGAUUUUUGACCGAUAUUUUGGUCAAAAAUUGUUGUAAAUGGCUUGUCUGGAAGUUGAUGAGAUAGAGUAAGUUUAGAAUGGAGUUGCUUGAGAUAUGAUGGGGGUCUUUGCUUCAAAUUUUGCAUAGAUGAUGUACAUAGAUUACAUAGCAAUUACUAAAAAUUAUCCCCCUUUUUUGUAACAGGAGUAGCUGAGAUAUUUGGCAAUUUUUGCUGACUAUACUUUAUGUAAAAUUAGGAAAUUUUUUUUUUGCAAUUUGUCAGUCUAACUAAGGAAUAAUGUAUAUAAAAUAAACUUUUUUGUAUAUAUGUUACACUUGGUAUCUUAAAUUAAAUUCUAAUUUUGUAUGACCCGAAGCAAGAAUAGUUUCUUUUUACGAGAGAGCACAGGAAAUGAGGAGCCGGCGAGGUAAAAUUUCACUAUAACUUUAAGCUUCUGCAUCGCAAAAUUUUAUCUUUUUUUAUAGAAAAAAUUAACGUCUGACUAAUUGAACUUCAAAUUUUAAAAGAAAAAAUUGCAAAAAAUUUGAAUUUUUUCAUCAACUUUUGCCCUAAAAAUCAACUAAAAAAUCAACUUAUUUCACAACACUUUCUAAUCAAAAACUUAAAUAUCAGCGCUAUAGCCAUUAAAAGGUUGCUUCCAAUAUUUCCCAUUCAAGCCUGAAUAACAAUAUUACAGACGGCUUCUUUACAAUAUUCCCGAUUUUUAUUGUAUUCUCAGGAAUCAUUACUAUAUAAUAACCAAAAUUGAUUGAAAAAAAAUUGCUUUUAAUUUGGAUUGCUAUAGUAAUAUUAUUACGACUGUAAUUCCUAUCUAAAAAUGCCAAGAUGUAACAAAAAUCGUGUGAUAAAUGCUGUUGUGAUACGAUAUUUGAUUGACUUUGGGUAUUUUAGGUAAGCAUCAUCCGAGUAGUAAAGGCGUAUUUUACAAAAAAUAAAUAUACUUUUUUCCGUAAAAAUUAUGUUUGCGUAUCUCGCCAUUACAUAAGAUUAUCCCGUAUUUCCGUGAAAGUUCCGUUACGCAUAUGCUAUGCAAAUAUUACACGCUAUAAAUUUCCGGUGUUAAUGAGCUUCCUCUCCGCUCUCAUUAAAUCGCAGUGUGUUCAGAAUUGUCUUGAUCUUUUGGAAGAUAUUGUUCUUCCGGAUAAGUUACUGUAAGUUAAAUAGGGGAAGAACUUUUCAAUAGAGUCAGAGCUCUACAACAAUGGGGCCAACAAAUUUAUUUUUUAUAGAGCGGGGUUGUUGUAUGAAAUUUUUUUUAUGGACAGGUUAAAUAGUACAAGGGUUUGUCACACAUACAAAGUGGUCAUUUUUUCUGGAAAAUUGCAGUCGUCGUAUUUUAAAAAUAAAACAAGAAAUCUCGGAUCAUUGAUUUUUUGCGAAGUGCCACAUUAUCGAAUUCGAAAAAUCAUUUUUCUCAAAAAAAAAUUUUUCUCUGGGAAAGUUUUCUUUGUGACAAUCCGGCGCCAUUUCGUCAAAAAUCAAUGAUCCGACUUUCUUUGUUAUUUCACUUUUUUUUGACGUGCGAUACUUUUUGCUUACAUUUUGUUAGUAUAAUUUUUGCACACAUGUUGGCCAUGGGCCAAGGUCACGAAUUAAUAUCAAUAUUUGAAAAUUUUAGCAACGUGAAGGGUACUAAUUUCGCAUAUGCCUCGGAAAGAAUAAAUUUUAAUUUGUACCAAGUUUCAUCAAAAUCAAAAAAAAAAAAAAAAAAAAAAAAAAUCUUGGCCACCAAAGAAAGUUCAACGGUCGAAAUCACAAAAAAAAUCUAGAAUUUUUCUUCAAAAAUCACAUUUUCAUUUCCCUGUUUCAGACCCGAGCCCCAAGUCCACAAUCAAGGUCGUGUUUACGAGCGCGUUGAAGACAACUAUGAGCGAGAAGGUCGGCAGCAUCAUGUCACAUAUGAGCGUCACGUCAGCGAGUAUCAUUCCAGCAGUCCGAUUCGCAAAUCUCGACCCGAAAGUGCCGCUGAAAGAACGGAAGAAAGAGUGGGCCGAGUAUCGCCUCGAGGGUUGACCCGGUACAACGAAGAUGGCACCAUCAACUACGGAAAAUACGAUGACUGUGAGUUUCUUUUAACUAUAUCAAAAAAAAUUUUUGUUCAUAUUACUAGACUUGCUAUAGUUAUACAUAGAUGAUCCGUAAUUUUUUAUCUAUAUAGUUGUUCUUGUUGAUCUGUAGGUCAUGAUGAUCUGAAUGUCGCGUAAACAAGGUUUUUUGUAUUGUUUUUUCAAACCUUUGCGCAAACAAGCCGCUUUUCCUAGCAGCCAAUUUUUUAGGAUGUUUGGGAAAAAACAAUUUAUUUUUUAUUUUUUUUUGUCCUUGCAAGUUUGUAAAAUACGGCAAGGUCAAAUAAUUUUUCUCUAAUAAUAGAGGAAACAUGAUUAAAUCAUUUUAAAAUACGUGAUACCGAUUGAUAUAUUUUUUUCUAACAGUAAAAAAAUCAACUAUAUCUUCCGUAGAACCUCAAUAAAUUUGAAGAAAAAGAAAUCUCUGAAUAAGAAUAAUUUACUAUCUUUUUAGCCAAUCAAUACGAAUACCUCUCCACCAAGUCCCAAGGCCCUCAAAUCUCCCCUCAACCCGCGGCCAUCAGCCCCGGACGUCGCAUAAUAAAAGAAGAGCAUAUUGUAGAGGAAGAGAGAUACUCCCGAACUUUCGGAGGACGCCGGCCAAUGGAGACAGAGGUCCAACCUUACCACACCUCUCAGAUUCAUCAUUUCAAGUCUUAUGGCGACGAUAAAACACGUCACAGUUCAGCACCCCCGCCAGGUCAACUCACGGUGGACGUUGAGAGUAGGCCUUCCGAAUUUAAGCGGUCUCCACCAACGCCAUUGCGGCAGAUUGACUAUGAAACGUAUCAGGCUGAAGUUCGAAGGCUGAAAGAAGAAGCUAGUAAGCAGAAGACAACUAGCACCAGUAUUGUCCCGCCAGAGCCGGCAAUUGUUAAUUUGGACGGCAAACCAAGUGUAGAGGCGGCUCGUGCAGUCAUCACUGGAGUUCACGUUUCUCCAAGGACGGACAGCCCUAGAGAAGCGUCCAGACCGAAGGUGAAAUACUUUACAACUACUCGCGAGACUCACGAAGAGUUUUAUCGACGCCAUCCCAAGAGCCUGGAGCCUUCACCGACUCCGCUGAACACUCCGUCAAACGAAGAUCCUCAUCGCGAACAAUUCCGAGAGAAAAUUGAGAUAUUGAAACAAUCCAAGCGCUUUAGAGAAUACGGCGGCGGCUCGCAAGGAGUCUCACCGGCUCCGAGAUCUUCCUCGGCCGAUACUUCAAGACAACAUGACGAAACGUUCAGUCCAUUGCCAGCUUAUCCUGAUUCUACAAACUUCCCAGUGUCAUCAGAAUCCCGACAAAGCGACUACGAUCAACAUUUUCGCUCGGAGAUCGAGGAGAAAGAAACAUAUGAACGUGAUGCCAGAGACGCAAGAGAUUCGCCAUUGGCAUCGUCAACACCCACUCCCUAUAAACCUCGCUAUACGGGGGUAUUGAGAAAGGAGGUCAAACAAGAGAUCAUCACCGAGAAGUACGAGCAAAAGCCCGGCCCACAACUCGCUCGGGCCACAAAAGAAGAUCGCCCUACUGUGGCCACCGAGGUCGUUGAAAGGUACAGUAGGCCGGCAAGUGGGGAAACAUGGGUGGAGAGUUCUACCGAGAGAGUUGAAACGGUCCGCGCACCCGCGGAUGAGCUGGUCGAGUCGGAGGAAGUGGCGCGCGACAUUGAGGAGCACGUCCGCUCGGAAUCCGGGCACGCCCGCGAACUCACCGACCCCGAGCCCAUUGGACAUCGGACAGUGGAAGAGGUGGUCGUGAAAGAAGAGCAAUCCAUUGGUGUUGAUCUCGUGGAAUCCGAGGAUAUUCAGAAGAUCGAACCUGCAGAUUCGGCGAAAAAAUUGUUGGUAGUAGAAACUAUUGUUGAAGAAGAGGAAGACGAACGGAGAGAGGAAGAAGAGAGAAUUAGAGAGGAAAGAGAGAGACGGGAAGAAGAAGAGAGACUCAGAAAAGAGCAUGAGAGGAGAGAGAGAAUCGAGAGGGAACGAGAAGAACGAGAGACUCGAGAAAGAGAGGUCAGAGAGCGCGAAGAUAUCACACGAAUCGAAAGAGAGACCAGAGAAUUCGAGGAGAGACAACGAAUUGCCCGAGAGCAACAGGAAAAAGAGGCUCAAAGACUGCAAAAAGAACAGGCCGAGAAGGAGAGACGCGAGAAGAUCAGAGAGAAACGAGAGAAAGAGCAAAAGGAGCAAGAGGAAAGAUUGCGACUGGAACGGGCGGAUCAGGAGCGCCUGGACAAGAUUCGCCAAGACGUGGACGAAAGGGAUCGGCUGGCCAGAGAGCGCGAACAACGCCAGCUGGAAGAGGAGCGCGAUGAGCGCGUUUACUUGGACCGACUGCGCCAGGACAUACGGUACGAAGAGGAGCUGGAGAUGGAGAUUAGACGCAGAAGACGGCCUCACACCGACAUGUACGCGGAAGAACAGUUGAGCAUCGUGGAUGAGGAGGACGAGGAGGCAGUGGAGGAGCGGACGCCCAGAGAGAGUCCGGAACUGGUAAGUUGCGUGGUGCUUUGGGUACGGUAGAUGGACUGUAAGGCAUUUCUAGGUCAACGAAUUUAAGGGAUACCUACCUGAAGCUUGGGUUAACAAUAUAAUGGGCCAAUUUUGACUGCAAGAAACUUUCAGAGCCUUAUAAGAUCUUUUUAACUUGAACCUCUUCAAAAAACGCAAGAUUAAGGUAGCUAUUCAUACUUUUUUGUCAUCCUUUGUCGUGUUUUAGCCUUCAAGAGGCCUGAAAAUCCUUUUAUAGACUAUAUUUUCGACCUAAAGUCUCCUAUAAAAAUUUCGUUAUGAUAUUACGUAACUGUCUCUCUAACUAGUCACCUAUGAAACACACGUUUUUUCCGAGACAUCACUGAUAUUUCCGCAAACAAAGAAGAGUUAUACAUAACGUCUUUUGUUGCAUUCUCGUAUUAUACAUGACUCUCCGGAUCAAGCUGUCUCCUCGGGCUUCAGUAAUCAGCUUAAAACACUAAUCGAGGAAUUCGCUUGAUUGAAAUUGAAAGAAAUAGUCCAUUUUGCAUCUUUUCGGGGUCAAUCGGUCAUUUUGUUACUGUAGGAUUAGCGGUCAUUGGAAGGGGAAACGUUAAUUUUAUACAUACUACAGUAAGAUUGUGUACUACGAUUUUUUCAGCGGACCGACGAGACUGUAACGACCACAGUCACCCGUCAAAUAGAGCCUUCGCCGCGUCAUCGCUUCACCGAAAGCCAAUACAAAACCAUCACCAAAUAUUCGUAUCUUUCGCAUCUUGUCGAGCCAUAUUCCGGGCCUUUGGACAUCAUGCGAAGAGGUCGUGAAAUCCCGGCCAUUGAGUUUGAGCCAGUUCGCCCGACUUCGCGGGAAAGUCGACCGGUCAGAAGGAGGAGGAGUAGUGAUGAAAGUCGGUUCGAAGAAACUGUUACCAGUAUCAAUACGGUAAGGUCUUGUGGCAUUAGUUGUCAUGUCAUCAUACGCCUUUCUCUUUAGUUUAGCAAAGAAUUUUUAUUGAAAUGACUGCGACAAUACGAAGUCUUAAAUUUAGGUGACAACUCGAAAACGCGAGCCCUCAGCGCCACCACCAUCGGAGUACGGUAGAAGACGCUUCGAAGAAACGCAGGAAGACUUUGAUCGUAGAAUUGAGGUAUGUCGAGAAUAUUAUGGGAUAUUUUUAAUUUUGAUCUAUGGUCUUUAGAAGAAAAGCCUUUAAAAGAGAGCCUUUCUAGUUGCCUCAAAAUUUACAUGCGCUGUGAACAGGCUACGGAAAAAUCCCUGAAAGUUGCAGCUCACACCUGUCAGGGGUCGCCAAAAGUUUUAACGGUUUUCUUCCUGGGAGAUCAGGCGGGAUUAGGAGAGCCACGUCAAUCCAGCGCAUUUCCUGGCCCGUCUAUACGUUUCUUCAACGCAGUAUCAAUUGACCAAAAAAUAUAAUGUAACAAAAUUCUUUCGCAAGGAUUUUUGGAAAGUAAAAUUGGAAUCAAGAAAAAUUAUGGCAUUAUUAUCUGAUCGGAAAUUGAAGUCUUAUAGCUUCAACUACGUUAGUUUGGAGAGGUAGCUAGACGUGUAAGGGACAUGUGACCCGGCUUUCAUUCUGCUUACUCUACGCCGCAGAUCCCGUCCGUUUUGGAUUUUGACGACAUUUGGAACGCUUAGCGGGGGCAAUCGAGGUCUAGACAUCGCAAGUUAUGCAAUAUUCCAAAUUUUUUGAUGUGUUUAUAUGACUUUUGUGAAUAGGAAAAAUCAUUUUUAAGCCGCCAGAUUCCAAAAAAUGAAUGCUAUGAAGUGUCAUUGCAAAGCGUAUUUUAAAAAAAACUUAUAUUUUUCGAUUUUUUUACUUAACUUCCUUAUUCAACGAUUCCCUAAAGGUUCUUUUCGUUCAUAUUUUUGAGGAACUCGGAACAAAAACUGUUUUACUUUCUAAGGCAAUUAAAGUUCGGAACUGCAAUUGCACAACAAAACUGAUCGUUUUGCGGUCAGAUCUCGAGUGCGCCAUUACGAACCGGAUUUGCAUUCCAAAUUUUGUCGGGCAUUGUGCAGAGACCAGUCGGAAUAUUGUUUUUAUUUGUAAUAUUCGAUUUGAUAUUCAAAUGGUUACAUGGUAUUUGGGUUUGGAAAGGGAUGAGUGGUCUAGUAGUCGGAUUAAAGGUUGGAGAAUAGUUAUUGAGCAGUUGAUAUUGACAUGUAAAUAGAUUGGAAUGCGGUCCACAAGCUUUGAUGAAACUUUUCGAGAAGGAAGUAUUGUGUACCGUGGGACUGAUAGCAUUCAAUGAAAGUCGCUGAAAAUUGAGAAUAUUUUUCUGAAAAUUAGAUGAAAAGCUUUGAGAUUUUUUGAUAGGACGAUGUUAAAAUUUUCGCAUUUUUUUGAAAAUUUGAGCUUUGGAGACCCCCUCAUUUCAAAGCGUCGGCCCGCAAAUUGACCUGGCUCUCAGACCGCGCCAAGGCUGCUCGUUGAAAGUCAGGCCAGGCAUGGUUAAACCUGUAAGAGUAUUUUACUAAAACAAUAAAAAAAGUGCGCUAAAUUGUCACAGCUUUCAUUUCCUUAUUGUAUUUCGAACAUCUACAAAAUAUUCCCUAUUGAUUUAUCCAUUUUUAAUACUACAAAUUUUUGAUUUUUCGACUAGACUCAAUUUGCCGGUCCGGGCCAAAAAUGCCUGCUCGUCCCGCACAGAAAACGCGGUUGGCCCGGCCCGGUCCAGAAAAGUCAUAUCUACUUGGGAAGAAGACCGUCGACAGUCUGGGCUGUGACCGAAAAGUGUGGGCUCAAAUUUUGAAACAACGAUUUUUCGUUAGCUUUAAGCCAACGGGAAAACUUUCAAAAAUCAGAAUUUCUCCUUGAAUUCAAAUUUUCAAGAUUUGACAUGUGGCCUGCUUAGGAUCGGAUACCUCAGUAAUUAUCCAAGUUUUAAGAUUCCGUUGCAUACAGCAUUUUGCGUUACGUUAUACAAUGUUUUACCCUAGAACUCCCACUUCACCUGUCAUUUCCCCCGCUGACCUCGAUUAAAACUGGCUUUUCCCAAAAAAUUUUUUUUCAUAUUCAUAAUCGCAUCACGUCAUAUUCAAACCAUUUCAUUUGUCAUCCAAAUUUCGCCUCGUUUCAGGAAGAGCUGCGACGAAGAAUGGCUCAAAUCGAAGAGCGCCCGCGCAGAGACUACGAUCCAUAUAAGGUAUGCAAAAGAGUGUUUAUGACGUUGACAGAUCCGAAAUUGACUUCCGCGCGCGAAAAGGCUAUAUUAUUGUGCCCUUCGAGGGCUCAGCGUAAUCUGUAAUGUUGUCUUUUGUGCGGAAAGGGAAGAAAUCCACAAAAGUAAGCGAGUUUGGGAUGUUUUCGAAGGUAUUUUUUUACGAAAAUAAUAGUCAAUAUUUUGAGUUUUAAAAUUUUUUUUGUUAAGCGGCCUUAGGGCAAAUUCUUAUUGUUGACCUUGCAGUGCAAAUUCUCAAAGAUUUUAACGCAAUUUUGCACAAACUUAUAUCAGUAUGACAUACUUGAGAUUUCUGACUCGCAUUUUUGGGAAACAACCGAGAAUUUUGGUACGAAAAUUGGUAAAAAUUUGACACUUUUUUUGGGAAUUUCUCCAAAAAGUUUUCGCCUUGUUUCUAACGGAUAGGGUCAUGAUUCUUCAACGAAUCUAUUUUUCCGGGCGAAAGUUGCAAGGAAAUGGACAAAAAGUGUUUUUACCUCUCUCUGCUUUCUGCAUUUUUUGUACUCUCUCAGCGGCUGUCGAAUAUCUCGGCUGCGUCUGCAAAGCGCAAACUAAAAAUUUUAGGAAUUGACCUGUGGCCGCCAAAGCACAAUAUGCGCAAGAUUUUGAUUAUGCAUAAGCGACGCUUUUUUUGUGACUACGUACUUAUCAAUCUUUCGGGAAAAUAAUGUGGAUUUGUCAAGCCUUGGAAUCGCCCUUCAUGGCUCUGCAACCGCGGCUGGUGAUUUAGUACGCUACCAGAAAAAGGCGAGAGAUUUUUCUGCGACCACAUUAUUUUCCCGACAGACUGAUAUUUCAUUAGGGCAGCAAAAACUUAUACACCAGGUUUUUGGUGUAUAAGCUUUCAAAUUUUCAUUUUUUAAUUUCCUUUUCCAUACAAAAUCAAUGUCUUUUGAUCUUAACUUCCAGUUGCGAGGUAAAACCUCCACCUUCAACUUGCUGUUUACCCGUCAGCUUAACCGAAAAUGAUACGUUUUGGAAUAAGCGUCGUAAAGGAAGUUGGGAGGAUCAGUCGUCGCAAACAUUAAAAGCUCUCGGCGCAAAAGUGUAAAUUUUGACGCAUCUCGGAUUAACACUGAAUAUUUUUCAACAAAAUUUCUGAAAAUGGACAAUGAAUCAUAACCAAAAAGUUUUUUUUGACAUUCAAAAAAAUCAAAAAUGAGAUUCAUCAAAAUUUCCGGUUUUGCGUGUGUUUACAUUUCCUUCAAAAUGGCUUCUUCUGACCCUCGUUAAUCGUCCUGAACAUAUAAAAUACAUAGGGGAAUAACAAAAAAAUGCUUUGAAGAUUUUGAAAAAGGUUGUCAAAGUGUCCGAAGGUUGGGUCUUUUCAAGUUGCCGCUGAUUGUAAACAAUUACAAUCAGAAAUGAUUUUUAAUCUCUGAAAGGGCUGUACAGCUACUUUUGAGUUGCGUUUUUUACGGCUUAGGAAAUGAGAUGUCAAAGAAGUUUUUUUCUGUCUCCUACCACGAAACUUUCCAAUCUCAAACACAGUGCAACUUCGGUACCACGAACAUACAUACAACAGAUCCCUCUGAAAACGAAUGAUGUCAGAGGCCAUGAGGCAUAUUUUUUGGCCAAAUAGUACCUCUGUACAACAAAACCCUUGGUGUAGAAUAAUUUUUUCGGCUCCUACAAUUCCUUGUAGAGGUAUCUGAUUGUAAAGAAUGAUAACAAUCCAAGAAACUUUUCGGACAUUCCGUUUUGUCAAGCGGUAAACUGCAAUAUUCAAAAGUAUAGUUAAAUCUCGGCAACGAAUCGCAGUUAUCGAAGAAUUUUUGACUUUUUGUACGAGGAUUCAUUUUGGGCCAAAAUUACGGCUUGAGACCUCCGGAAUCGUUUUUUAUAGACAGCUAUGCUCGUACGGGGUAUUUGUUAUACAGAGAUCCAGCUGCUGUUGCACUCCAUCUUUUCUACGGCCAAAAAAAUUACGUUUGCUUGACCUUACUCCUUUAUUUCAAUUGAUCUUUUUAUUUGUGACUUUUUCUCCAUAUCCACUUUACUGUUUCUCCCUGUCGACCGGCAAGGUUUGCGUUCCGUCGCCUUGACUUUAGAUUCUGAAUCACACCGGCUUUUUUGGGAGUAAAGCCCUCGCAAACGCGGGGUGUGCCUCAAGGGCAAGCUGGAAUUUUGUUUACCAAACAUGACAAUCAGUUUUUGUUGGAGUAGAGGGAGUCAUUAACGUCCUUAUCAGUCGACCGUCGGGCCUUUUACGACGACGGAGGACGCGGGUGGAGGGAGUUGGGGAUUGCCGAAAAGGAGGGCGUUUUGUAUAGUAAUUCUAGAGUAGUGAGAUGAAAAAUGUUUCUUACAAUGUAACAUUUGAACGGUAGACUCAUUUGCUGUAAAACCUGCCUAUAACGAACAAUUUUAGGGAUCGCAAAAGUGAACUUUAGGGCAAAAUGAGCCUGGUGGGGAUGCGAUUUUCGAUGCGACGUUAAGCUCAUUAUUUUCCCGGCAGAGUGUAAUGGUAACUUGAUGAUUUGAUUUUGUAGCUAAUAUAUUUUAUUCCAGUCAAAAAUUGUCGAUAAGCCCACUCAAAUAUGCCCUGCAAUUUGGAGAUUUAAUUUUUGAUGCUUCCACUGAUAAUCUCGAAAUUCUUGAGGUUCAUUAAGCGAGGGUGUGGCUUCUGUAUCGGCAAAAAAGUGGUCUGUAAUUAAGCCUACGCCUUUUAUGAGUCACCAUUCGUGGUUGUAAAGCUACAACCCGACCGUAUUUAUCAAGGAUAGCCCGCUUUUUAGGGUCUUACUUCAAUUUUCUGACUAGAGAAUUAAUUUUAAUUAAUUCUAAAUCUUGACAUCCUUUCAACUCAAAAAUAUCAUUUCCAAACUUCGGCUUCACUCUUAACCCUUGGCAUCACAAAACAGCCGUCUUAAUCAUCGAGACGUCUCAAAGACCGUCUCCAAAACUUCCCCGUCUCCCCUCUUUUGUUGAUAAACAAUAAAUGUGCGGCAGUGUUCCGGAACGACGGUUUUUUUUAUUAUAGCGACCGGAGCAUUUCUCCGUACUGAUAACACACAACUGCCUAGAGAAUUUCGGGCCUUUUAUCACUCAUUCCUGUUUGUGAUUUCAGUUUGACUCGCUCCAUUCGUCGAAGACGCAUUCAGCGACGCCACUGGCUUCCACUACCCAGUUGAAGUACCCAAUCAGCGAGCCGUCUUCGAAGUAAGUCAACGGGGAUGGUUGGUGGACUUGGUUUAGGUGUUGUUGGGGAAGCGUUGGGGAAAGAAUGUGAGGAAACAAAUUGAGAUGUAGCCUGUUAAAGACAUCAUAGUAUUUUUAGAAGCUAAUUUGAUCUAAAAUGUAGACAAAAAAUGCGUUUUUUGUUAGACAAACAACUUUUUAUGAUCAUUAAACUAUGAUAAAGUUUAUAACAAUACCUAGGUAUAAUAAGCUCCAGUAAAAAAUCCUCUGUAACAAUCAGUUUCAGCGGCCCAAAGAGUAAAUUUUCGAUCAAGAUAAACGAUUGCCAAACAGGAGGAUGUUCUGUAUAGUAAUUUAAAAGUAGUAAGAUGAAAAAUUUUUGUUACUCCGGAAUCGUCGAAUAGUUAUCUCCCGUACAACAAAACCUCCCUAUAACGAGCAAUUUCAUAGAUUCCAGAAGUAAAUUUUUUUGGCCAAAAUAAAGCUAAACAAAACCUCUUUAUAACAAACAAAUUUUUUAAUCGCUUCCGAUCGUUCUACAGAACUUUCACUGUAAACAUUAGGCCCUAAAAUCUAUGUAGCAUCAAAAACUUUACCCUCCAAAACGGUCAAAAUCCCCAAUUGCGCAAAAUAAAACAAUCCGUAAAACGUUGUUUUCCCCUCCAACGUAAUGAACAAACCCAUGCAACGACCCGCAUAUUAUCGGUCAAGCAUAAUGAACACCCUCCAUUCCUCCCCUCUCUACCCUGUUGUUCACGGACGCAUAUGGAUCAAGCCCUCUUUUUUUGUGGGGAUUAGGGAGCUGCGAACGGCGGGGAAAAUACGGAGCGAUACUCUGGUACAGGUCCCGCUCACGUUCGUUUCCUUUUCCAGGCGCGCUUCCUCCAGCUAGCCGCCCUUUUCGCGCGCUGAGGUCAUUGUAAACAACACCGGCUGGAAUGUUUACCUGAGGGUUUUUCGGGAUGGGCGUGCUGGAAGACGGAAUUUGGUGGGGCUGUAACCCGACUCUCGGAGCUGUUGGAGAGGUUGUUGAUUGCCUGCGGGGCCCCCACCGUUGCGAUUUGUUUAUUUUGAAAAGUUUUGAUGCGCGAGGAGGGAAUUGAGGAUCGGGCUGCGGGGAUUGGUUUUUUGAUUGGGAAAUUGGGGUUUGAAAAAAAUUUGAGUUGACUUGAUGAUAGUUAAGAUAGUCUGUGAUUAUUUUUAAUCAGCAAAUUUCAGAAUGGAAUCAAAAACAGAAUACCGCAGCAACAUCCAGUCGCGUGCCAACUUCAGCAGGCCCAACCGGGCGUUGUCUCCUCGUAAGUUGACUAAAAACUGUACACUUCUUUUUUUCCUACCCUAACUCAACUUGCGAUUGAUUUUUCACCCCUAAAACCCUAAAUUGGGCAGCUAAUUUUUAAACAUCCUUGAUCAGCACUAAUUUUCUGAUUUUUUGAUAUAUGUCCCGUCAAAAAGUGGGAGCCCCCAUAAAAGUACUUUCCUUGCGAAAUUUCUCCCUCUAUUAACCCUCUAAUUUUACAGAAGGAGGCUUCGGCUCCAACCGUGUCCUCAAAAUUGUCACUGAAUCCUCAUCCAUCGGAAGUGGAGCCGUCUUCAGCCCAUAUGGCGGAUCCACUGCCGCCUCCACCAUCCGCGACACUCGUGAACGCGAGAAGAAGGAGAUGUCCGACCUGAACGACCGCCUGGCCAGCUACAUCGAGAAGGUGCGCUUCUUGGAAGCGCAGAACCGAAAACUCGGCACCGACUUGGAAUUCCUCCGCUCCCGUUGGGGCCAUGACAGCAGUAGUGUGAAGGACAUGUACGAGGGAGAUCUCCGGCAAGCGAGAAAGGUGCUGGCCGAGACUGAAAAGCACCGUUUUGACUUGGCCGAUCAGCUGAAACAACUGCAAGACGACAUCCUUGCAUACCGCCGUAAAUACGACGAUGCUGUCAAGUCGCGCCAGAUCAACCGGGAUCAGUUGGAGGAGCUGUUGCUAAGACUGAGUGCGCUGGAAAGUGAAGUGAGCUUGCUGAAGAGACGCAUCGCCAAUUUGGAGGGAGAUAUUGCCAGUAUUAAGAGAGAGAACCAGUACUUGAUCACUGGACUUCAGAGGGCUAGAACUGACUUGGAUCAGGAGACCUUGAACAGGAUCGAUUAUCAGAACCAAGCGCAGACCUUGCUCGAGGAAAUUGAGUUCCUGCGAAGGGCUCACGAGUCCGAGAUUAGGGAUCUUCAGGUGAGUUGAUGAUUUAGGAUGCAGGAAGCCACCUUGGCCUUGUUAGAGUAGGCAAAUUGAACCGAGUUUAGUAUUUUGAAGCUAAUAACAGAGCAGAAAUUAAGCCGAAAUUUCAAAAAGUAAUUUCUGCUUCAAACCUCACUUUUAUUUUGUCAUCACACCCAAAUUCCAGGCCAUGGCAUCUCGUGACACCACCAGCGAGAACCGCGAAUACUUCAAGAACGAGUUGGCCGCCGCGAUCCGCGAGAUCCGCCAAGACUACGACCAGCUCACCACCGCCAACCGCACCGACAUGGAGAGCUGGUACAAGCUGAAGGUCCAGGAGAUCCAGACCCAAUCCGUCCGUCACUCCAUGGAGCAGUCCUACGCCUACGAAGAGGUGAAACGGCUGCGCUCUCAGGUCAGCGAGCUGCGCGGAAAGUUGGCCGACCUCGAGGGCCGCAACUCGUUGUUGGAGAAACAGUUGGAGGAGUUGAACUAUCAGCUUGAAGAUGAUCAAAGAACGUAUGAGAGUGCGUUGAACGAUAGGGAUACGCAGAUCCGCAAGAUCCGCGAUGAAUGCCAAAUGCUGAUGGUGGAGCUGCAAAUGUUGCUGGAUACGAAGCAGACGUUGGACGCGGAGAUCGCGAUCUACAGGAAGAUGUUGGAGGGAGAGGAGGAUCGUGCCGGUCUGAGGCAGCUGGUUGAGCAGGUCUAUCGGACUCAUCAUGUCAAGGAGAGCAAUGAGAGCGGUAAGAAGGCCUAGGAAUUGGGGUAGCUAUAAAAAGAUUUUAAACAGGCCAAUUAAAAGUUUUAAUAUAUAUUAUGAUAAAGCAGUUCAAGACCUUUAAAAAUAUGUGUAAUACAUUCAUAUAAAAAUCUUUAUUUCGUAAAAAAACAAUUGGAAAAAAAGAUAUAUAAAAAUCGGAAAAAAUUUUUGGUUCACCCUAAUAUCAUUUUCAAUUAUAUUUUAUCCUUGAUCAUGACCAGUUGGCCCGAAUAUUUACCCUUAUAUAUUUAAAAAAUGCAUAUAUAUCAUCGAUUUUCCAGAAUCCACCCGCGUUCUCCGCGGCGAGACCUCCAGCCGUCAUUCCUACCAACGCUCCGCCAAAGGCAACGUCUCCAUCUACGAGGCCAACCCCGAAGGUCGUUUCAUUAUCCUGGAGAACACCCACCGCGCCCGCGAGGAGCACAUCGGUGAAUGGAAGCUGAAACGUCGCAUCGACAACCGCCGCGACAUUGUCUACACCUUCCCCCGUGACUUUGUGUUGCGCCCCGGCAAGUCUGUGAAGGUAGGGUGGAACCGAACAAGUUUUGGGGGGUUUUUAUAAAGAUUCUUGAUAUUUUGGGACGAUUUUUUGAGGUUUUCCAAAUUUACUGUAGUAUAUAUUUUUUUGUUAAUUUUUGUGGGGUUCAUUUUGAAUAUUUCAGAUCUGGGCCCGCAACCAAGGCAUCCACAGUCCCCCGGAACAACUGGUCUUCGACGCCGAGGAGUCAUUCGGCUCCGGCACCAACGUCCAGACCAUUCUCUACAAUACUCAAGGAGAGGUGAGAAAAACUAGGCAUAUCAUAUCAUUGAGGCAUUUACGCAAUAUUAAACCCUAUAUAGCAAACCCUAAUACAACAAAACACUUUUAUAACGAACAAUUUUGAAGGUCCUAGGAAAAAAUCUUGGGAAAAAUGAACCUUCCUACAACAAAACCCUUCCAUAACGAACAAUUUCGGAGGUCACAAAGAAGAACCUUCCUACAACGAAGCCCUUCUAUAAUCUCUUUUUUCGGAGGUCCUAGGAAAAAAUCCUGGGAAAAAUGAACCUUCCUAGAACUAAACCCUUCCAUAACGAACAAUUUUUUUGGCGUUUUUUGUACAGAGGUUUUCCAACACUUUUAUUUUUCGAAAUCCCUUGAAACUGCCAUCUUUUUUUCAACUUUUAUGCCCCUUUUUUCAGGAACGUGCCACCCUAAUCCAGCGGUCCAGCCAAUCUGCAACUGCCCAUUAA